CUGCAGCGCCAUUUGACGUUCGAGCGGCUUUGGAAACUUCAAUUCCUCUUGGAGAACGUGUGUUUUUCUGGUAAAUUCUCAGUUUUUUCUUGGAUUCUCCUUUCAUUUUUAUGUUUAAAACCAAGAAGGACCCCUGCAAAGUGACUGCUUGCAAAAUCCAGACGUGUCUCAAAGAGAACAACUUCCAGGAGAGUGCGUGCUUGGAGGUGCUGGAGGAGAUGCGCCAGUGCUGUCUGAAGUGGCACAAGGAGUCACUCUGCUGCUCGGGCAUCAAAUUGGAGAAGAGCUACUUGGACAGGGCGGAGAAAUGAAGGAGCUGCCGUACGGCCCCAAAAGCGCCCAGCCGCGCCGGACGUUGAUCAGCAAAUACCCGCGAGCGUUUGUCAUCAUCGGCUGCACCGUGUGCACACUAUUCCUGUUCUCGCGGCCUCUGUACGACGCCUUCAUCCGCACAGAUCGCGUGCCGCACCCAAAGUGGGGCCC